AUGUCUCAAGUCUCAGGAAAGCAAGAUUCCAUCAAAGGCAAGAUUGAGAAGACAUCUUCUGGAGUUAAGGUUAUGGGAUUGAAUGCGCAAUCCUCUGCUCAAUCCAAGAAGGAUUCUGGAAGAAAGAAUUCAAGAACUCCUGCCAGAAAGUGCUACAAGUCGAGUACGAGAUCUCAAGGCACUCGUGACUCACCUGUGUUUGAGGAUGUUUCUCAUGAAAUUUCCUCUGCGGAUGAAGAGGCAGAUGUUGAGGCUUUUGCUCCUCAAACUGAAGUUCCUGUAUCCAAUGUGCCUGAUAAGGAGAAUUCACCAUCUCUGGAUUCAUCCUCUGAGUCCGAGAACUCAGAGCCAGAGAAUGAAGCCCACGAGGAGGUCUCUUCUGAGGAGUCUACCAAAUCUCCUCCAUCUGUUCAUGCAAAUUCAGAUGCUGAUGACUCAGAUGAUGUUCCUCUGGCAAGUGUUGCUGCCAGGAUGAAGAAGAGAAGAAGGGUUCCUGUUGAAGACACCCCAUCUGGUUCACAAAAGAAGGCCAAAUCCACUAUGGAUGUGAAGAGCAAAGGUAAACAAAAGGUUGUGAAUUCCUCACACAAGAAGGUAAAGAAAACUGCUGAGAAGAAGAAAAUUCCAAGGAUUGAUUUGGAAUCUGAUUCUGAUGUUGAAGUCGAUGUUCAGGACAUUCGGACUUCUGAAAAGAAGAAAUUCUCUGGUAAGUGA